AUGCAAAAUAGUCAAGAUCUAGAUUAUUUUGUUGAUGGUAGAGAAUGGGAUUUGGCUAUAGAGUUAAAUUUACCAGAAAAUAAUUAUAAUAUAAAUUGGAAUACAUUACUAGUAAAUUAUAAAUUAAUGACUCAUUUAUAUCGAUAUACUUUACAAUAUAAGAAAAUCAAUUUAUUUGCUAAUUGGAUUAAUGCUAAUGUUCAAUCAGAAACAAAUAUUGAUUUGUUAAAUGAUAUUCCAGAAUCUAUAGUUGCAAGAACUAAACGAUCAAGAGAAGUAAUUCAACCUCAAAUUGUUGUUUUACCAAAAUUGUAUACUUGGAAUCAAAAAACAGAUAAAUAUGAAGUUAUUUUAAAGAAAAAUGGUGAUUUAACUAAACUUUAUCCUGGAGAAAUUUAUAUUCAAAAAUUUAAUAGUCAAAGUUCUACUCCAAUAUAUGAACUAGUUCAUAAACCUAAACAAUUACAAUCACAAGUAUUAAAAAGAAAAACACAAAGAAAAAAUCAAAAUUUAAUAACUUAUUGUGUUGUUAAAAAUAAAAAAUUAACAAAAAUAGAAAAAAAUCAAACAAAAAGACAAAAAUUAUCUAUAUUAAUUAGUUCAUCACCAAAGCAAAAAAAAGAAAAUAAAACAUUUACUUUACUUCGAUUAUUAGAUUUCUUGACACAAUUUAAAUUAGUUUCAUUUACACCAAAAACUGAAAUACAAUUGAAUAUUCCUGAAACUGAAACUCAAUUAAUACCAUUAUUCUCACCUUUUAAAAUUAAUCUUUAUUUAGUACAAAUUUGUGAAGAACAAUUAGCAAAAAAAAAAGAUCUUACAAUUGAAGAUGUAUUGGUUGAUUCUUCAGAUUUAAUUUAUCACAAAUUCAAAGAUACAGUUAUACCAAUAGUAGAUUAUAGUGUUGUAAUACCAUGUGAUAAUGGAUAUACUUUUAAUAAUCAUAUAAUAACAAUGUGUCGAAGAUUUGCUAAAGAUGAGAAAAAAGUUUGUAUUCUUUCAAAAGGAACAAAUGAAAAUAUAAUCUAUAAUACAGCAAAUCUUCGUUUAAUAAUUAUUAUAAAUUAUAUAGAUUAUUUAUAUCAAUUAAAUGUGAGAAAUAAAGAUAUGCCAUAUAAUGAUAAACUUAAAUUAGGUGUAAAUCCUGGAGAUAGAGGAACUGGUUAUCCAGUAUUUUUUACUAAUUGA